UGCGCGUUUUAACAAGUUUGCAGGGUUGUGUGUGUGUGUGUGUGUGUGUGUGGUGACGGGGGAGAGAAGCGAAAACCGCAGGAUCAGUUACACUUUAAAGGAGCAAGGAAGAGCGAGCAACUGCUAUCAGCCAAUUGGGAGAAUCGAAAGAAGAGAUUGUGGUAAGAAAGAAAAAAGUAUUUGGAUGGGAAAGAAAAGCCAAGAUGAGAGAGUUAAGCUGAUGCUGGUGAUCAAGUGUCUUUAUUUGUAAGAAAGAAAGAGAAGGAUCGGGCUUGCUUGAAACCAACGUGUGCGACUAUACAAGUGAUAGAAAAGCCUUUUUUUAUUAUUUUAUUUUUUCAAAGUUAUUUUCUUUUAAUUACUAUUAAACACGAUGGUUUCAGUGCUGGAUAAACCGGCUCCUGCGCUGAUUAUUCUAUGGGGUUGCUGCGUCCUGGCGCAAAGCCUGCUGACCAACUUUACCUUGGACAACGAGGUGCACUCCAGCUUCAUCCACCGGAGACUGAAGAGCCAGGAGCGCAGGGAGAUGCAGCGGGAGAUCCUCUCCAUCCUGGGGCUCCCCCACCGACCCCGGCCGCACCUCCACGGCAAGCACAACUCGGCCCCCAUGUUCAUGCUGGAUCUUUACAAUGCCAUGUCCACCGAGGAAGAGGAGGAGCACUUCUCCUAUCCGUACAAGCCGAUCUUCACGACGCAGGGACCCCCGUUGGCGACCAUGCAGGACAGCAACUUUCUUAACGAUGCUGACAUGGUCAUGAGCUUUGUCAACCUGGUGGAGCAUGAUAAGGAAUUUCUGCCAGUGCGCCGGCACCACCGAGAGUUCCUCUUCGACCUGUCUCGUAUCCCCGAGGGUGAAGCCGUCACUGCCGCGGAGUUCCGCAUCUACAAGGACUUCAUCCAUGAGCAAGUCCACAAUGAGACCUUCCUCAUCAGCAUCUACCAAGUGUUGGAGGAGCACCCCGACAGGGAGUCUGAGCUGUUUCUCCUGGACUCAAGGGUGAUCUGGGCUGCUGAGGAUGGAUGGCUGGUGUUUGAUAUCACCGCCACAAGCAACCACUGGGUCCUGAGCCCUCAUCACAACCUGGGGCUUCAGCUGGCAGUGGAGAGCAUGGCUGGUCGAAGCGUGAACCCCAAGGUGGCAGGGCUGAUCGGGCGGCAGGUCUUCUCCUCCUCCAUCUGUGAAAACACAACCAACAUCAUUACUUACCUGCGGGAACUGGAUUCAAACCACCGUCUUCAGAGAGAGAAGGCCAUGGGAUUAGCCCACUGCACCACCAGCUCCUACAGGAAAGCAGUGUUUAACCCGGAUUAUCGCGUAAAUUCUUUGAAAAUAAAAGAAGGAACCACCUGGAUCUGA